UCCUGCAGUCAGAUCAAGAGUCAAAUGUGUUUGAUAUUUAGGAUUUGGGCUCGGGGAGGCUCCGACUCGAUCCAACGCAGUGAAAUAAUCGAAAUGACACCACACAAUUGAGGAUUUUUUGGACAAAAAUCGGUAGUGAUAAGCCUCGAAUCAGGACACGCCCCCCGAUCGUCGGGGAGGGUGCAAAUCGGGAUUAAAAUCUUCAAGUGUCUAAACAACAUCAUUUAUCACUGGUCGUAUAUCUUUUUUUGUCACGUCUUCUGUAAGCUUUCAGGAAGCCGCUUAUAUCGCAUGUAAACUGCGCCAGGGAUUACAAACAUGGAAUCGUGUGUUUUCAUCAUCUUGUCGUUGUUUGUCUUUUAUUCGGCUGGUGAAUGGAAGCUUCGAUUUGUCACAGUGUUAUAUCGCCAUGGAGACCGUUCUCCAGUCAAAGCCUAUCCAACAGACCCGUACCAAGAGAGUGCAUGGCCACAAGGUUUUGGACAGCUUUCUCAGGAAGGUAUGCGGCAGCACUUGGAGCUGGGCCAGUUUCUGAGAAAACGCUAUACUGGUUUCCUGGGUGAAGACUAUAAUCGCUUUGAGAUUGCUGUACGAAGCACAGAUUAUGAUCGCACUCUGAUGAGUGCUGCCUCAAAUCUUGCUGGUCUUUACCCACCCAAAGGCUCACAGGUUUUUCAUCCUGGUUUGGACUGGCAGCCUAUACCAAUACACACAGUCUCCCAGGACGAGGAGAAGCUGCUGUCAUUUCCUAUAGAAAACUGCCCACGCUACCAAUUGCUCAUGAAGGAGACAGAAAGAACAGAGAUCGUCCUCAAUAUCACCAAGACUUACAAAGAUUUCCUGGAGAUGGUGCGGAAUAAAGCUGGGCUGAAGUCAACUUCCAUUGAGACGAUUUGGAGUGUCUACGACACACUUUUCUGUGAGCAGAAGCAUGGCCUGCCCCCUCCAGCCUGGGUGACUCCAGAUGUGAUGGAUACACUGAAGCUGCUGAAGAACUUUGGCUUCCAGCUCUUGUUUGGCAUCUAUAAAAGAGAGGAGAAGUGUCGGCUACAGGGAGGUCUCUUGCUGGAUCAGAUUAUUAAGAACCUGUCGGAUGCUGCCACUUUAAACUCAAAUCAGCAGCUGAAGAUGAUCAUGUAUUCUGCACAUGACACGACCAUUGUAGCUCUUCAGGAGGCGCUUAAUGUGUAUAAUGGAUUACAGCCACCAUAUGCUUCCUGCCAAAUAUUUGAACUGCAUCAGAAUCAAAAUGGAUCAUUCUCUGUGGCAAUGUUUUACCGCAAUGACAGCUCUGUGGCUGAGCCGUACUCUUUAACUUUACCUGGCUGUGCCCAGCCCUGCCCCCUGCAGGACUUCAUUGGACUCACACAGUCAGUCAUUCCGACAGAUUGGCAAAAGGAUUGCCAGAUCAGCUCAUCUGCAAAUGACAAAGAUGUGAUUGUUGGGCUGGUUGUCUGUGGCUUCGUUCUUCUGGUCCUCGUUGUAGUGUUGUUUGUUGUGUUGUGCCGUCAAAGCGAGCCGGUCUUUGGUUACAGCCACAUUAUCAAUCAGAGGGAUGAUCACUCCUGACAUUCAUACCAGCUCCUCUGCAAUGCAGAGUCAUCGGAUAAUGAGAGCCUAUAAAAGACCAGUCACACACACAACAGCAGGUACUAUCAACUAUACACCCAACUGGGCUGUUAGGGAUCCUGUUUAGUCCUGACAUUUUAUUUUGAUAUGAAAAGUGUGAUCUUUCUUUUAUAUUGCUUUUUUUUUUUUUUUUGAAGAAAGGACACUCUUCCACCCCAAUUUUCUCCCUAAUUUAAUCUUGGCCAGUUCCCACCCUCUAGCCAGCUCUCCCCUAUCACACAACAGCUACCAACCAGGGAGGGUGAAGGCUAUCACAUGCUUCCUCCAAGGCUUGUGAAGCCAACUGACUAUGUAUUUUCAAACUGAUGCUCCUGCAAUGUCAGAGGUGGCGUGACACACUCGGAGGAAAAUGCGGUCCUCCCACUUCUGCACACAUGAGCUCAUAGAUGCCCACGAUUGGGUAGUGUCACUGUGAUUCAUGUCAGAGAGAGAUUAUGCCACCCCUCCCUUCCUGAGAGCACAGCCAAUUCCCAGCUCCCGGGCAAUAGAGAGCAUUACUUGAGUCUAUCGUUUGUUUCCAUGUCUCAAAAGAAGAACUGAAAUGUGUGACUUUAUUUUUCUCAAUUGUUUAAUUUUUAUAUUGGAAUGAUUGUGUGAUCUAAAAUAAUUACCAAAUGUAUGCCAUUUUGUGUCUGUUGUAUAGAUUUUCUAUUCCUGCCUCAGCAUAUGCUUAUGUUGGGUGAAAACACUUUUAUGGUUUAUAUACCAUAAAGUGGCUGGACACUUUAUUAGGAACACCUGUACACCAGCCUUUCAUGCAAUUAUCCAAUCAGACAAUCAUGUGGUAACAGCACAAUGUAUAAAAUCAUGCAGAUAUGACAAGAGUUUGGGUUAAUGAUCAUUAGAAUGUGGAAAAAUAUGAUGUCUGUGAGUGUGGCAUGGUUGUUGGUGCUAGUUUUGUUUGAGUAUUUUAGAAACUGUUGAUUUCUUGGGAUUUUCACACACAGCAGUCUCUCUAGCGUACACAGAAUGGUGCAGAAAACAAAAAACGUCCAGUAAGCAGCAGUUCUGCUGGUGGAAACACCUUGUUGAGGAGAGAGGUUAGAGGAGAAUGACCAGACUGGUUUGAGCUGACCCAAUGGUACCCACUCUUUACAAGUGUGGUGAGCAGAAAGCCACAAUGGGUUGUACCCCUAUCGGCCAUGAACAUGAGUCCGAGACUACAAUGGGCACAAAAGCACCAGAGCAGGAUCAUCGUUGCUUGAAUGUCCAAUGAAACAUUUUGCUCUUGGGUUUAAACCCUCAACUUUUCUUGCUGUAUUGCAGUAAAGUGGCUGCAAGAAAACUUUUUAUGUUUUUAAAGAGUACUUCAAGACUGGCCAGAUUAAACUACUAUAUGACUGUUAUCCAUCCUCUCUAGUCAUAAAUGUUGUAUAGUGAUGGCAGCUAUGCAAGUCAGAUGUUCUACUCUUUAACCAAAUUUAAUCAGGAAAAGCCAAAAAGUCUGACAGUGUACCAGCAUGUGAGUUUACUAACAGAAGGUUGUUAGAGGUAAAUUUGUUUCUAGAUUAAUUAACAUACUUGUUCAGAACUUGAACCCCUUUGAUUUUCAUGGCCUUGUUUUAAAUGUUUUAAAUGCCACUUUGUCAUUGCAAAUUAAUCCAGGUAUAUAAAAAGUUGAAAUCAAAGACUUGAGCCUUUAAUUAAUUCCUACUGCUUUUUAUGGUCAAAUUUAAUCUGGUACGAACAU